GGUCUUUCGGCUGCAGGACUCCUGGUCCAGGCGAUCCAGUAGUCUCUUGUGUCUCUCCGCCAACCAGGAGCAGGAUCUGGGUUUCUGUCACCGGGAUAACCACAAGGCAGGGGGUUUACAUAGCUGCUCCCACUCCUGCGCCCACCGCGGACACAGUCACCGGAGCGCACCUUUCUGCGCCUCCGCCUCCAGGCGCUGCCCACACGGCUUCCCCCACGCUCGCUGCGCCUUCCCGGGGAAUCCGAGGGGACAUGAGCCCCUCGGUCGCAGGUUCCUGUUGGCCAUGAAGCGGCAAAACGUGCGGACCCUUUCCCUGAUCAUUUGCACGUUUACAUACCUGCUUGUCGGGGCCGCCGUCUUUGACGCCCUGGAGUCCGACUUCGAGAUGCGGGAAAAGGAGCAGCUGGAAGCCGAGGAGAAGCGUCUCCAGGGGAAAUAUAACAUCAGUGAGGAUGAUUACCGCAAACUGGAGACCAUCAUCAUGGAGGCUGAGCCCCACAGAGCCGGGGUGCAGUGGAAAUUCGCAGGGUCAUUUUACUUUGCCAUCACAGUUAUUACCACCAUAGGUUAUGGGCAUGCAGCACCUGGGACCGACGCAGGGAAGGCCUUUUGCAUGUUUUACGCCGUCCUGGGAAUCCCUUUGACUCUUGUCAUGUUCCAAAGUCUGGGCGAGAGGAUGAACACUUUUGUCAAGUACCUCCUGAAGCGGAUAAAGAAGUGCUGCGGCAUGAGUAUCACCGACGUGUCCAUGGAGAACAUGGUGACUGUAGGAUUUUUCUCUUGUGUUGGCACUCUGUGCAUUGGGGCUGCUGCCUUCUCCCAUUACGAGGACUGGAGCUUCUUUCAGUCAUAUUAUUACUGCUUUAUUACAUUAACAACUAUAGGCUUUGGGGACUUUGUGGCCCUUCAAAAGAACCGGGCCCUCCAGAAGAAGCCCCUGUAUGUGGCCUUUAGCUUCAUGUAUAUCCUGGUGGGCCUGACGGUCAUUGGGGCCUUCUUAAACCUGGUGGUGCUCCGCUUCCUGACUAUGAACAGCGAGGACGAGCGGCGGGAUGCAGAAGAACGGGCUUCACUAGCGGGAAACCGAAACAGCAUGAUCAUCCACAUCCAGGACGAAUCAUUACCGCGAGGCAGGCGGCGGCGUGAACCGUAUCGGGCAGAAGUGACUGAUUUGCAGUCAGUCUGCUCCUGUAUGCACUACCACUCGCAUGACUUCGGCAGCUCUGGGGGAGGGAUGGGAGGCUUGGGAUGUGCUUUCUCCCAUCAGAACUCAUUCAGUUCGCAGCUGAAUCCCAAUCAGUACUUUCACUCGGUCUCCUACAGGAUCGAGGAGAUCUCACCGAGCACCUUGAAAAACAGCUUCCUCCCCUCGCCCAUCAGCUCGGUGUCUCCAGGGCUUCACAGCUUCUCAGACAAUCACCAACUCAUGAGGAGAAGGAAAUCCAUCUAAACCCUUACACACUGGACAAAUGAGUUUCCAUGUUUUAUAGAUAAGGUCAAACAAUUGCAAUGCUGCUCCUUACCAAAAUCUAAUUUCAGCACUUUUUUCCCUUUUUGGUUGUAUGUAAUAUAAAGAAAUUCAUGGAAACAGGUGAUGAACACAGCGUGGAACAGCAAGCGUGGACUAAAUGGGAUGCAAAGCAUGAAGCAUGGAUGUCUAUUUUUUCAAGAGAUUUUCUCCAUUUACACAAACUUUAAUGAACUUCCUUCUUUCAGAUUUACAGUACAAUAUUGAUAUAUGAACUUUGGUUUCAUACCAAAUGAUGCACACUUGGGGAAAUGCUAUUUUUCAAAAAGGGAGUAUGCUUGUUUCACCUUAACUUGAAGAAAAUUUUGCUGUUAUGUACUACUCCAUUGCCUCACUGCAGACAGAGAUUUUCAAAUGACUUAAAGCAUCAGGUAUUGUUUUCUAUAAGCAAUCAUAUAAUUUAAGGGUCUCACUACGCAUCAAGCCAAAAUAUUGUUGCCAAUAUUAGCAUGUGCAUUAGAUGUCAUUUACUGAGUGUGCCAUGGUUUGUGACAUUCUUUAGUCUUUUAUAGAACAGCUGUAUGAAGGGCGUCUGUUUGUCUUUGUUUCAAAGGAUCAUGCUGCUGUUAUUGAUAUCUCAACCUCAUAUAGAAUCUGAUCUAACCACAAGAGCUUUAAUUUCACCCACAGCCUUUUCAUAAUAAGAGAUACCUGAACCUGUAGGAAAACCCCUCCUCCCCACUACACUGUCUUAAGGUUGUCAAAGUUUCAGAUACAUUGAUACUUUUUGAUACCACAUAUCGUAGAAAAAAAAACAAUCUCUAUUGCAAUAGUAAUAAUGGUAUUGAAAUGCAACAAAGUUAGAAAAGGCCUGUAAUUCGGGGGCACCUAGCGGUUAGCGCACAUCACCCAUGUACAGUACGGAGGCCAAUUUGACCAACUGGGUGGCCCAGGUGCAAAUCCGACCUGUGGCGCAAUUCAGUUCCCAAUUUCUCUAUCCCUGAUUUCUGACUCUAUCCACUGUCCUAUCUCUAAGAUAAAGGCAUAAAACCCCUAAAAUAAACCUUUAAAAAAAAAAAAACACAAAUCUUAAGUCACAUUUUAACCCAGAGCUACUGCAAACGAAAUUGAGAGAUUAGAUUUAUAAAUUGGUGAAUACUGACGCUGUAAAUCCUUUGGGGUCUCAUAAAGCUGCAAACGUUACAUUUAUGUCUCUUACAAAAAGAUACAGAGCAUAGGAGGGAACACGUUCUUAAUUGCACAAUGUAUAAGUACCAGAUGUAUUCAGACAAAACAAUCUCUGUUAUUUGAAUGAUUAUUAGUGUCUAAAAGAACCAAAGCUCUAAAAAACUGCAGAGCUUCAGUCAUACUUUUUAAACUCAGCCGCGAGCGUAUGACAGAGAGACAAGACAGAGAGCAUAGGAGUUGACUAAGGAGGAGACACUGUCUGAAAAUGUACAAAUGUUUUUGUGCAAUCUAGACCAAGUGC